AUGCAGAUAACCGAGUGCUUUGAGCGGUUUUAUAGCUGUCUGGUUUACUACUUCUGGGGAAAGAAGAUUAAAAUCUGUGUAGCUGGAGUUUCGCGGUCAGGGAAGACGUCUUUUUGUCGGGCCAUGAUUCAAGAACGUGUUUUGAAGAAGGAAAAGCCAACUUUAGGGAUUCAGUUGCGGCGGUUUGUGAAACAAGGUGUGCACGGAGUGUUUUAUGAUAUUGGCGGGGGCGAACAGUACCAGAAUUUAGUUGAUUUUCAUUAUCGGCUGGCGGAUGCGUUCUUUUUUGUGAUUGACUCGUCAGAUAGUGAGACCUGGAGCCGUGCGAAGGAAAGACUUAAUGGAAUACUUAGUCGAAAUAAGCAUGUUCGGAUUCCGAUUUUGGUGCUGUGCACACAUAAUGAUGUCGAUGGGUUUGGAACGUGCCAAGAUAUAGCUUUGGAUAUUGGUUUGGACUCUUUGCUAGGCCGAGAUAUUGCUUGCUACUCGAUUUCUUCGCAGACGAUGUCGAACUUUGCGGCAGUCGAAGAAUGGAUUGUCAAGCAUGCCAAAUAA